AGAGAUGAUCAGACUGGAGACCUGCAGAAGGAAUCUCACCAAUCAGUAGAUGAUGAACUACAGAGAGUCAAAAACCAACACAAAACUAGCAUGAAGAACAAGUAUGAGAGAUUAUGUGAGGGAGUCAAACUACAAGAGAGUCAAACCUUCCUGAACACGAUCUACACACAGCUAUACAUUAUAGAGGGAGAGAGUGAAGGAGUGAAUGAAGAACAUGAGAUUUUACAGAUGGACAAAAAAGCCAGAACACAAUGUUCACAAGACACUCCAAUCUACUGCAAUGACAUCUUUAAAGCCUCACCUGAACCAGGAUGUAAGGAGAAAGACCCAAUCAAGACUGUUCUUACUAAAGGCAUCGCUGGAAUUGGAAAAACCGUCUCUGUGCAGAAGUUCAUUCUGGACUGGGCCGAGGGAAAAGCCAAUCAGGAUGUAGAUUUCAUGUUUGUGCUUCCAUUUCGAGAGCUGAACUUGAUCAGAGAUCAUCAGUACAGUCUUCAUAGACUUCUGCUGAACUUUCAUCCUGAACUUCAAGAUCUGGACUCAAAGAUUUACAAGGAGUGUAAAGUUGUGUUUAUCUUUGAUGGUCUGGAUGAAAGCAGAAUUACACUGAUGUUUUCAGAUGCUCAGAAAGUUUCUGGUGUUACUAAGAUUUCGUCAGUGGGUGUACUGAUGUCAAACCUGAUGAAAGGAAAGCUGCUUCCCUCUGCUCUCAUCUGGAUCACCACCAGACCAGCAGCAGCCAAUCAGAUCCCCUCCAAAUACAUCAACCGUCUGACAGAAAUUCAGGGAUUCAAUGAGCCUCAGAAGGAGGAAUAUUUCAGGAAGAGAAUCAGUGACCAGCAUCAAGCCAGCAGAAUCAUCUCACACAUCAGAAGAGCAAGAAGCCUCCACAUCAUGUGUCACAUACCCGUCUUCUGCUGGAUCUCAUCCACUGUGCUUCAAAAGCUCCUAAAAGAAGAUCUGAGUGCAGAAAUCCCUCAAACUCUAACUGAAAUGUACAUCCAUUUUCUACUCACUCAGAUAAACAUGAGGAAUCAGAAAUAUGAGAAGAGACAUCCAGGAAAACCCCUGCAGUCCAACAGAGAAGUGAUUGUGAAACUUGCUGAACUGGCUUUCAAACAGCUGAUGAAGGGCAAUGUGAUGUUCUAUGAGGAGGACCUGAGAGAGAGUGGCAUAGAUGUCACUGAUGCCUCAGUGUAUUCUGGGAUUUGCACUGAGAUCUUUAAAGAGGAAUCUGUGUUCCAUCAGAGGAAAGUCUACUGUUUCAUACAUCUGAGCUUUCAGGAGUUUCUUGCCGCUUUCUAUGUUUUUUACUCCCAUCUGUUAAAGAACAUGGAGCCACUGAAGUUGUUUCUGAAUGAUAAACAUGAGACAUACACAUCUGAAAAAAGCCCUUUGUGUAAGCUGCUAGUAUCAGCAGUUAAAAAAACUCUUCAGAGUAAAAAUGGACACCUAGAUCUUUUUCUGCGGUUCCUGUUGGGGGUCUCACUGGAGUCCAAUCAGAGAGUCUUACAGGCUCUUUUGACAUGCACAGAGAAUAGCUCAGAAACAAUCAGAAAAAUAAAAAAACACAUUAAACACAUAAUCAAGGGAAAUAAACGUCUCUCAGCUGAAAAAUCUAUCAAUAUGUUCCUCUGUCUGCUGGAAGUUAAAGAUCAGAAUCUUUACAGAGAGAUUCAGCAUUUUGUGAAAUCAGACAAACACUCGGAGAAGAAACUCACUCCUAAUCACUGUUCAGCAAUCGCAUACAUGCUUCAGAUGUCAGAGGAGGUGCUGGAUGAGUUUGAUCUCAUGAAAUAUAAUACAUCAUCUGAGGGAAGGCGGAGACUGUUACCAGCUGUGAGAAACUGCAGAAAAGCUCUACUUGCUGGAUGUGGUCUCUCUGAUCAACACUGUGAAAGUUUGUCUUCAGCUCUACAAUCAUCAGACUCCCAUCUGCGAGAGCUGGACCUGAGUAACAACGACCUGCAGGAUUCAAAAGUGAAGCUGCUCUCUGUUGCACUAAAGAGUUCACACUGUCAAGUGAACAUACUGAGAUUGGUCAGCUGUAAUCUCACUGGUCAGUGCUGUGAAAGUUUGUCUUCAGCUCUACAAUCAUCAAAAGCCCAUCUGAGAGAGCUGGACCUCAGUAACAAUGACUUGCUGGAUUCAGGAGUGAAGCUGCUGUCUGCUGGACUGACAAGUUCAAACUGUCAGCUGAACAUACUGAGAUUGUCUGGCUGUAUGGUGACAGAGAAAGGCUGUGGUUAUGUGUCUUCAGCGCUGAGUUCAAACCCCUCACACUUGAGAGAGCUGGAUCUGAGCUACAAUCGCCCAGGAGAUUCAGGAGUCAAACUGCUCUCUGAAAAACUGGAGGAUCCACACUGCACACUGGACAAACUCAAUGUGGAUCAUGGAGGAGAGUUCAGGAUUACAGCAGGUCUACACAAAUAUGGCCGUUUUCUCACACUGGAUCCAAACACAGCAAACACUUGUCUCAUUCUGUCUGAGGGGAACAGAAAGGUGACACGUGUGGAUGAGGAACAGUCAUUUAUCGAUCAUCCAGAAAGAUUUGAUAUAUGCCAUCAGGUUCUUUCUAGAGAGAGUCUGUCUGGACGCUGUUACUGGGAGGCUGAAUGGAGGGGACAUUCUGUUAUAUCAGUGACAUAUAAAGGAAUCAGCAGGAAAGGACAGAGUCAUGACUGUUGGUUUGGACGAAAUAAAAACUCCUGGAGUCUGAUCUGCUCUGAUAAUAGAUUCAUUGCCCGUCACAAUAAUAAUUCAACUGACAUACAUGUCCCCUUACGUUCCUCUAAGAUAGUCGGUGUAUAUUUGGAUUGGUUGGCUGGCAGUUUGUCCUUCUACAGCGUCUCUAACACACACACGCUCACGCAUUUACACACAUUCACCUCCACAUUCACUGAAUCUCUGUAUGCUGGAUUUGGGGUUUAUGGUUUCUCAGUGUGUUUGCGUAAGAUUGAAAAGCCUGUGACCAACAACCGAGGUGUCACAUACACAUGUAAAUGAAAAACUCUCACGUGU